CCUCUGCGGGCUGGGGCAGCCGGGCACCCAGCAGCCGGCACCCGAAGGAGCGGAACUGAGUAGCGAGCGACUCGAUCCAACCCAGCCAUGGAUCGGAAGGUGGCCCGAGAAUUCCGGCACAAGGUGGAUUUUCUGAUUGAAAAUGAUGCAGAAAAGGACUAUCUCUACGAUGUGCUACGGAUGUACCACCAGACCAUGGACGUGGCCGUGCUUGUGGGGGACCUGAAGUUGGUCAUCAACGAGCCCAGCCGUCUGCCCCUGUUCGAUGCCAUCAGGCCUCUGAUUCCUCUGAAACACCAGGUGGAGUACGACCAGCUGACCCCCCGGCGCUCCAGGAAGCUGAAGGAGGUACGUCUGGACCGGCUGCACCCUGAAGGCCUCGGCCUCAGCGUGCGUGGUGGCCUCGAGUUUGGCUGUGGACUCUUCAUCUCCCACCUCAUCAAAGGUGGCCAGGCCGACAGUGUCGGGCUCCAGGUAGGGGAUGAGAUCGUCCGGAUCAAUGGGUAUUCCAUCUCCUCCUGCACCCACGAGGAGGUCAUCAACCUCAUCCGCACCAAGAAGACUGUAUCCAUCAAAGUGAGACACAUCGGCCUGAUCCCUGUGAAGAGCUCACCCGAAGAGCCCCUCAAAUGGCAGUACGUGGACCAGUUUGUGUCGGAAUCUGGGGGCGGGCGGAGCAGCCUGGGCUCCCCCGGCAGCCAGGAAAACAAGGAGAAGAAGGUCUUCAUCAGCCUGGUGGGCUCCCGGGGCCUUGGCUGCAGCAUUUCCAGCGGCCCCAUCCAGAAACCUGGCAUCUUCAUCAGCCAUGUGAAGCCUGGCUCCCUGUCCGCUGAGGUGGGGUUGGAGACAGGGGACCAGAUUGUUGAAGUCAAUGGCAUCGACUUCUCCAACCUGGACCACAAGGAGGCCGUGAACGUGCUGAAGAGUAGCCGCAGCCUGACCAUCUCCAUCGUAGCUGGAGCUGGCCGGGAGCUGUUUAUGACAGACCGGGAGCGGCUGGCAGAGGUUCGGCAGCGCGAGCUGCAGCGGCAGGAGCUCCUGAUGCAGAAGCGGCUGGCGAUGGAAUCCAACAAAAUCCUCCAGGAGCAGCAGGAGAUGGAGAGGCAAAGGAAAAAGGAAAUUGCCCAGAAGGCAGCAGAAGAGAAUGAGAGAUACCGGAAGGAGAUGGAACAGAUCGUGGAGGAGGAAGAGAAGUUCAGGAAGCAAUGGGAAGAAGAUUGGGGCUCAAAGGAACAGCUGCGGUCACCUAAAACCAUCACCGCCGAGGUGCACCCAAUACCCCUUCGCAAGCCAAAGUCCUUUGGCUGGUUUUAUCGUUACGAUGGCAAAUUCCCAACCAUUCGGAAGAAAGGAAAGGAUAAGAAGAAAGCCAAGUAUGAUAGCCUUCAGGAGUUGAGAAAGAAUAAGAAGGAACUGGAGUUUGAGCAGAAGCUUUACAAAGAGAAAGAGGAAAUGCUGGAGAAAGAAAAGCAACUGAAGAUCAACCGACUGGCCCAGGAGGUAUCUGAGACAGAGCGGGAAGACCUUGAGGAGUCGGAAAAGAUUCAGUAUUGGGUGGAGAGGCUCUGUCAGACACGCCUUGAGCAGAUUUCCUCUGCUGAUAAUGAAAUUUCAGAGAUGACCACAGGGCCCCCACCUCCCCCACCCUCUGUGUCUCCCCUGGCCCCGCCCCUGAGACGCUUCGCAGGUGGGCUGCACCUGCACACCACUGACCUGGAUGACAUCCCCUUGGACAUGUUCUACUAUCCCCCCAAGACUGCCUCUGCCUUGCCUGUGAUGCCUCACCCUCCACCCUCCAACCCACCCUCCAAGGUCCCCGCGCCCCCUGUCCUGCCCUCAUCAGGCCGUGUGAGUGCCUCUUCCUCGCCCUGGGUGCAGCGCACUCCACCCCCCAUUCCCAUCCCUCCCCCACCCUCCAUUCCCACCCAAGACCUCACUCCCACCCGCCCACUGCCCUCGGCGCUGGAAGAAGCACUGGGCAAUCACCCCUUCCGCACUGGGGAGACAGGAAACCCAGCAGAGGACUGGGAGGCCAAGAACCACAGUGGGAAGCCUGCCAACUCUCCUGUCCCCGAUCGGAGCUUCCCACCCACCCAGAAGACAUUCUGCCCAAGCCCACAGCCUCCACGAGGCCCUGGCGUGUCCACCAUCUCCAAGCCAGUCAUGGUCCACCAGGAGUCCAACUAUGUCUACAGGCCACCUGUGAAAUCUGAGGUCCUGCCACAGGAGAUGUUGAAGAGGAUGGUGGUUUAUCAGACAGCGUUCCGACAAGAUUUCCGGAAAUACGAGGAAGGCUUCGACCCCUACUCCAUGUUCACCCCGGAGCAGAUCAUGGGGAAGGACGUCCGGCUCCUGCGCAUUAAGAAGGAGGGAGCUUUAGACCUGGCCCUGGAAGGCGGUGUGGACUCACCGAUCGGGAAGGUGGUUGUCUCCGCUGUUUACGAGGGUGGAGCUGCUGAGCGGCAUGGUGGCAUUGUGAAAGGGGAUGAGAUCAUGGCCAUCAAUGGCAAGAUUGUGACAGACUACACCUUGGCUGAGGCUGAGGCUGCCUUGCAGAAGGCCUGGAAUCAAGGGGACUGGAUCGACCUUGUCGUCGCCGUCUGUCCCCCCAAGGAAUAUGACGAUGAGCUCGCCUCUCUUCCCUCCUCUGCAGCUGAAAGCCCCCAACCGGUCCGAAAGCUCCUCGAAGACCAUGCUUCCAUGCUUAGACACGGGCUCCUCCUGCAACUGGAGCCUGGCAGCCCCCACGGUGAAUAGGCAGGCAGGCUGCAUGUCACGGCCGUCUGCUGCCCACACAGCCAGCAGGUUCUUUGGACUGCUGUCUAGGGGAUGUGCCAUCCCUGAAGUGCCACCUGGGCCUGCUGGUGAUGACGCUGGAAUUCUAUGGACUCAGAGGCCCUCCUGCUCAGGGAAGCCGAGCAGAGCCCAGUUUGUAGCAUGCUUAAGACCUGGGUGUCCUCACUCACCACAGCCCUGGGGAUCUGCCCUGGGUCCCCACCACACCCCCGUGAGCACCAUUCUCUGCUGGGCACAGGCAGCACCUCAAACCAGGCAUGAUGGGCUGAGAGAACCCAAAAGAAGCACAACCUGGAUUUCCCCUUCCUGUGAGCCCACCCUCUGGGAGCUCCACCAGGACACUGUGCUGGGGUGGAGCCAGGGCAGUUUAGAAGCAAUUGAAGCUGGUCCAAAGAACCAGGGCUGGCCUAUCUGACUGGUGACCUGUUGUGGCCUGAGCCUGGCUCAGACCAGACUGUCCUCGGCGCCUUCCCUUCCCUUGACUCUGGACUCUAUCUGUGGGACGCUGUGGAGCCCAGCUUUGGGAUGUAUUUCCUGCCCUGUGUCAGGGCGGUGCCCAUGGACAGAGCUGGUAGGUGGCCGUGAACCUGGUGUUUGGCGUGGCCUAAAGCCCACAGCUGGCAGCUUCUGGGGCAGCCUGGACGUGCUGACUCUUCUGUUACAAGUUUCUCAAAACAUUAGGGCCUCAUGCUCCCAAGUCAGUUGACCUCAACUGUGGUUGUGGCUUGCAGGGUGGCCUCAGCGGCUCUAUGUUUUCUGUCACCUGCUUUCUGCUCUUUUCGAGGGACCUCGGCCCCUUUGCCUUCCGGUCCCCUCUUACCUCAUCCCCGGUGUCCCUUCUGCUCCCUCCCAGGCUCCUGUGUGCCGUGGCUAUGGCUGGG